AUGGAUCGCCAAGUGAUAGGAAGGGGCCGCGGGAGACCCACUAGACAACACCCGGAAUCGGGUAGAGAUAGAGAGCCCGAGGUCAACCCAGACCAAGGACAAGAGGGCGGGGCCGGAGAUGGAGUGGCCACCGCUAUCAAUCGUAUCACUGAUGUCCUAGAGCGCUUGACUGAACACCAAGCUGCUGGACCAGUGCGCUAUCCAGGAGGCCCAGCCGAUUCUAACGACUGGGCACUGGAAAGGUUCCUGAAGUUUGGACCUCCUAAGUUCUACGGAGGACCUGAACCUGAGAUAGCUGAGGGAUGGUGGGAGAGAAUUUCCGACAUCUUCGCAGCUUUAAACUAUACUGAAGUGCGUCAGGUAACUUUUGCCGCAUUCCAGUUUGAGGGAGCUGCUCGCUCCUGGUGGAACCUGGUUAGGACUAACUGGGACACGAAUCAUACUCCAAGGACUUGGGCAAACUUCACAAGGGAGUUCAAUGCCAAAUUCCUCCCACCGCUCAUCCAAGAAAAGAGGGAGGAUGAUUUCAUAAAAUGUAAGCAGGGGGCGAUGAGCGUCGCCGAGUAUGAAUUCCAGUUUACCAAGCUAUCUCGAUUUGCUCCUGAAUUGGUAGCCACGGAGCAAAGGAGAGUCAGAAGGUUUGUACAGGGUCUGAAUGUAGAAGUGCAGGAAGGUUUAGCUGCCGUGAGGAUUGACACGUUCGCAGAUGCCGUCGAGAAAGCCCAGAGAGUUGAAGUGGCUAGGGCUCAAGUGAAAUCUUUUCAGGCCAAGAAAAGAUUUGCUCCUAGCAGUAGUCGGGAGCCGACGUAUGGCAAUGCUCCACCGGCCAAAGUGGGCCGAGGAAACAUUGGAGUGAAUAGUCCUGGAGCGCCACGAGGCGGCCAAGCAAGAGGAAAUGGGGCCAGGAAUACGGGAGGUCGAAAUAACGGAGCCAGAGGGGGGACCGAUUGGAAGGGGACAACCUAG